AUGAAGUACUUCUCCUGCCAACCAGACAGUCAUAAUGGGUUUGGAUUACUGUUAGGACACACCCUCAUUUAUUUUACCGUAGAAUGUGCCAAACAGAAGAGUACAGUGGAUAAUAAACAUCAUACCACGUGUGAUAAGGAGUGUUUUACAGAGAUGAAAGUUCAAAGUGUGGUAACUCUACCGCAUGACUCUGGCAGAGCCCCAGAGUGCUUUAGUAUGGCAAAUCGAUCAUUGUAUGGAUGUGAUUUGGCUUUUGUGGGAUCCAGCAGCGGUGUGAUGGCAGUGUUGGUGAUGUCUACACAUGCCGUAUUAUAUGCUCCUAAUAGGAGCCCUGCCUCACUGCGGAAUCUCUCUAACGACGCCACUACUGUUCGUUCUUUUACUACUACAAAUACUACUACCACUACUACUAAUAGCACAACAACAACAACUACUACUACCACUAAUAAUAAUAAUAAUAAUAAUAAUAAUAAUAAUAAUAAUAAUAAUAAUAAUAAUAAUAAUAAUAGUUAUGCGAUGCCUGGUGUGGGGUUGAAGGUGAAUGUCCAACCUUCCUCCCCACUGUUUAACCCACUCGCAUCUACAGUGGGAAGUGGUGGUUCACUUCCUUCUGCCUCCCAAAGGCAAUCUACUGAGAUGGACCGUAGUGUUGGAACAGUAACUUGGAUGCGUGAUAAACCAAUUGUGUUUGUUGGAUUUAACUCAGGUCGUGUGGAGUGGUAUCAUGUUACUAUUAGUGCAGCUAAACAGGAGGAACUUGCAGCUAAAGGGACAUCAGCCCCGACAACAGAAAAUAUUCCAUCCAGUACGAAAAACCCAUCAGAGAGAACAAAUAGUGGCGCCAUACCUAUUCUAUCUGAAAACUUAGUAACAACUCUUACAGAUAGUCAUGCAUUUCCCCGUACUAUUUGUUUACACAGCGGGUUUCAUCGAUAUGAUGCUGCACAGAAAAUAUAUGAAAAUGGAGAUGGUGAUGGUAUUCGUGUUCGUCUUCAUCUCGUAUGUAAUUUUCCUGAAACAGGGGCUUUCUUAACAAGUGAUUGGUUCCCAGCGAAUGGAUAUGUGGUAGCUGGUGCUGAGCGUGCUGUGUAUAUCUUCUCAACGGAACAACCGGAAUCUCCUCUCUGGUGUUUACCGCGUGUGGGGUGUGGCUUUCUCGCCUGCCAUCCAUUCUUACCAUUUGUGGGUUGUCUCUCCUUUGGCCGUUCCGCUAUUGCCGAUAUCACACCAGAUGCAUGUGUCUUGCAUGUAUUGGAAUGUACAGAAAGUAAUGUACUUCGCCCAGCAGCAGAGCGACGUAUAUUAGAGGCAACUCCACGUCAUGGGGCCUAUUAUAGUUGUUCAUGGAAGUUUAGUUUUGAUCUACAGAUUGCGAUUUGUAAUGUGAAGGAGGGUAUUGUACAUGUACUGCAUCUCGCAAAGAUAACAGAAGAAGAAAUGGAAACAACACCACGAGAAGCCAUUUGCACUUCAACAUUGAUCACAACAGCUGGAGUAGAUCCCAUAUCACCCGCAUUGUUUUCAACUCCUGCAUCUACAGUAUCUGUUGGAGCGGUGGGAACAGCAGGUGGUGGUGGUGGUGGUGUGGGAAUUCCAGCUCCACAUUCCUUAUAUACAUAUACUCGCGAACGUGAAUUACUUCUACCAUUACACUCACUGGUGAAUGUAGAGUUUAUUUCUGCUGCUACACAUACACUACCGGAUUUGGUACCAUUAUCAUCAUCAUCAUCAUCUUCUACUAAUAAUGUUACCAGAAAAAAUAGUCAUGACAACAAAAAAAAUACUACUACUAUUACUACUACUACUGUUACUACUACUAAUAGUAGUAAUACCCGUAACUCUAUUUCGGUUUCAUCUGGACGGCGUGGUGGCAAUAUCGUAGUAACACGAGAGAAUGUUUUAGCAGAACGUAUGUUACUUUCUACCUCCCUUUGUAAUAAAGGGCGUCAUACGUGUAAAAAUGGGACUCAUGCACAUUCUACUAGUAGUAUUUCUAGUACUAGUGCUAAUGCUGCGAAGGUAGAGGUGAUGGAAAAUGGGGUUCAUGCAUGUAAUGCUACUGACCGUGAUGCUGUUAGUUUGGGUGCGGGACCUUUUUCACGUAUUGUUGGUGUUAACUGCGCGGGUGAAGUUGCCUCCAUACCGGUAGAUGCCGAUGCAACAGUUACUACUUUACGUCCAGGGUGUUUUGCACUCGGUUUCUGUUCAUCCGUCUUUCUCGUUCCUACCACUACUACUACUAAUAAUAAUAAUACUACUUCUAUUACUAGUAAUAAUAAUACUACUACUACAUUAUCGGAUGAUACGAUGGAUAUGGAAAGACGAAUGAAGCGACGACUGGCAGCCGGUUUUGGAGUUCCUGCAGCCACAAACGUACAGGCGCUGCAAAUGUUGAAUGAUCCCUCAGAGGCCGAUCUGCAAGUAUUAUUUACAUACAUUUUCAUUAUGGAGAAGGUGGGUUUAGUGAAUAGCAGUGGUCCUGUACCGAGUAUAGUGGAUCUUCUCUCUCUUGAAAAUGCCCCAAGUGCAGCACAGUUAGUGGAUCUCAAAUUAUUACCACACAAUUCCGCAGUUGUCUGUCGCUCCUCAACCUCACGGAAUGACUCUCGACGACUUUUAUUACUUCAUCUCUUAGAUUGGCUCCCCUCACAAGAGUCUAUUCCACGUAGUAGUAGUAGUGGUGGUGGAAGUGAGAUGAACUGUGAUAUGAUAGAGCGGGCAGUAGCUGUGGAAGUACUCUACAAUAGACGAUCACGUGCAGUGGCACUUCUACAGCAUUAUCAACAAUUAAAUCCUAUUUAUCUUGUGAUGGCGGGAUUUCUCUCUCAACACGAUGGGAGUUCUUCCGCUUUACGGGAUUGUACAGUAGAAGUACGAGAGAAUUUCAUACGACCACUGAGUCCAUGGCUUCGUGUCGCCUUUCUCUGUGAAGAUAAUCGUAUGAAUAUAUAUACAAAUACGGCUCUUCCCUUUUGGGAUCGUCUGGCUAUUGCUGUUCUUCUUGAAUACGAUACACCAACGUUGGUUUCUCUACUUCGAAAUACUUUCCGACGGGAAUGUAAUAUGGUACAACAACUACUACUAGAAGGUAUUAAUGAGUCAACAUGUCCACUUAUGCAAACAAUUGUAGAUUGUACGGGGGAUUUUCAAUUAGCUGCAUGUCUCUUUGUUCGGAUUGUACCACAAACACAUCCUAUUGUAAACCCAAAUACAUUUUUGGAUUCAAAAGUGGUAUCCUCAAAAGGAAUCUAUCCUACAUUUGGUGUUUAUGAUGUAGAGGGGAAUACCAAUUCCAAUAGUAAUAUAAGAAAUUACCCAUAUAUGGCUUCUUAUUCUUGGAAAUUGUGGGCGGAUGCCUACCGUAGAUUCCUUGAUAAUGAACAGGAGUUUGUUAAGCGUACAAUGUUUGAUUUAGCAUGUCAGCAAUUACAUGGAACCCAUACAAUCCCUUUUACCUCACCCACACUCCAACAACAACAACAACAACAAAUACAGGAGAAGGAAGAGUAUCCUACCCUUUCCCAGAGAGGAGAAGAAGAUGAUGAAGAAGAAAAACAUACUGAACCAGAGUUAAACCCAUUAUUACAUUUAUUAGUGGCAACAGAUGAACGUCGUUGUACAGUCUGUUCAGAGCUUGUAUACACUAGACAACUUUGUGCACGAGAGAGUUUUGCGUGGUGUACCGCAUGUCUUCACGGUGGCCAUGCGGAUCACUUGCAGAGAUGGUUUGAGACUCAUUGCAAGUGUCCUGUUUAUGGAUGUGGCUGCCGUUGUGAAGAGGGUGGGAAUAUGUCAUAG